AUUGAACUCAGCCAACAUGAGGCAAUAAAUGAGGCCACGGUGUGGACCAAACAUCUCAGUACAAACUAGUUUUCUUCAUGAUCCGCAGAAACUCCUGUUCAUUGACUUCCCCAUCUCCGUCCCGAUCAGCUUCAUCAAUCAUCUCCUGCAGCAAAAGCAAAACUCAAGUGAGCAAGAAAAGAACAGGAGAACUGCUGUCCUUUCCUGAGAAACAUUUGGACAAGAUGGCCACGCAUUUGAGGCCGGCUAGUAAAAAAUGCACCGUGAUUGGCGGCUCAGGAUUUCUUGGUCAACAUCUAGUCGAGCAGCUGGUGGAUAAAGGCUACUCGGUCAACGUGUUUGACAUUCACAAAGGUUUUGAUAACGACAAGGUGCAGUUUUACCUGGGCAAUCUCUGCAAAAAAGAGGAUCUACUCCCGGCUCUACAAGGUGUGACCGUGGCGUUCCAUUGUGCCUCGCCUGCGCCUUCUAGCAACAAUCGAGAACUUUUUUACAGAGUCAAUUACUUGGGUACCAAGACAGUCAUUGAGGCUUGUAAAGAAGCAGGCGUCCAAAAAUUGGUGUUGACCAGCAGUGCCAGCGUUGUCUUUGAAGGUACGGACAUCAAGAACGGAACAGAAGAUCUCCCUUAUGCCAAGAAACCCAUUGAUUAUUAUACAGAAACAAAGAUUCUGCAGGAGAAGGAGGUGCUAAAGGCCAGUGACCCAGAGAAAAAUUUCUUCACCACUGCUAUCCGUCCACAUGGCAUAUUUGGACCUCGGGACCCUCAGCUCGUUCCAGUCCUCAUCCAGGCAGCCAAGAGCGGCAAGAUGAAAUUCAUUAUUGGUAAUGGGAAGAAUUUGGUGGAUUUUACCUAUGUGGAAAACGUGGUCCAUGGGCACAUCCUGGCUGCAGAGCAGCUUCAAAAGGAGUCUCCACUGUGUGGAAAGGCUUUUCACAUCACAAAUGAUGAGCCCAUUCCCUUCUGGGAGUUCUUGUCUCGCAUCCUCACCGGCCUGCACUACGACCCUCCUAAAUACCGCAUCCCUUAUUGGUUAGCUUAUUAUUUAGCCCUUCUCUUCUCCCUGGUUUUGCUGCUGCUGAGCCCCCUGGUUACCAUUCUCCCCACUUUCACUCCCAUGAGGGUUGCCCUCGCGGGGACCUUCCAUUAUUAUAGCUGCGAGCGGGCCAAAAGGGAGAUGGGCUACCAGCCGGUUGUUGGCAUGGAUGAAGCCAUCGCAAGGACCAUCAAGAGUUACCCCCAUCUCCACAGGACCACGUGAUGGUCUGGAUUCCACCCAAACCACCUCCUGGACUUCUUCCAUGGAUUCUAUGUAGGUUCUCCGAUUGGUCUUUCUCUUCAGUCUACUUGCCCCUGGGAAGCUUCACUUUGGAACGACUUUCUGAGUUUGAACUACUUCAAGAAAUGUCUCUGAGGUAGCCGCUGGCCCAGGAUGAGCCCGGUUUUGAACAGGUGUAUCUUUUUAUAAAGG